AUGAUCCUCACGGAGCGCGGGUUCUUGGCGGUUCCUCAUGACAAAGUCGGCCAUCGGCUAAAUAUUCGUGCGCAGCAGUCCGCACAGGUGGCGGCCGACAAACGCCGCAUGAAACUUCCAGCUUUCCGGCUUACGCGCAUGUGGUACGAUCCGGCCGUGGUCCAAGCAGUUACACAUGUGAACAUGCACAAGCUACGCUAUAAUGGCAAAACAUAUACGGUGCACAGGACUUAUGUGGACGCAUAUCACGAUUCGGUGGACCCUGGUACACCAGAGACACCGGCAGCACAACGGGUCACACUGGUGGGCACGUAUGCGGCCUGA